CUCGGUGCUUGCCUUCUUCCCUCCCGCGGCGGAGCUGUCCGCGCCUGCGCCCUGAGUGCUCACCGGUGGCUGCGCGGAGCGAGUGGACAGCGCGGGUUGAAGGAGUAUUUUAUGUGAAUGAUGCUCUGGAAAAAUUAAUGUUUGAGGAAUUAAGGAAUGCCUGUCGAGGUGGUGGUGUUGGUGGCUUCCUGCCAGCCAUGAAGCAGAUUGGCAAUGUGGCAGCCCUGCCCGGGAUUGUUCAUCGGUCUAUUGGGCUUCCUGAUGUCCACUCGGGCUAUGGAUUUGCCAUAGGGAACAUGGCUGCCUUUGAUAUGAAUGACCCUGAAGCAGUGGUAUCCCCAGGUGGUGUCGGAUUUGACAUUAACUGUGGUGUCCGCUUGCUAAGAACCAAUUUAGAUGAGAGCGAUGUGCAGCCUGUGAAGGAACAACUUGCCCAGGCUAUGUUUGACCACAUUCCUGUUGGGGUGGGAUCCAAAGGUGUCAUCCCAAUGAAUGCCAAAGACUUGGAGGAGGCAUUGGAGAUGGGUGUGGACUGGUCUCUGAGAGAAGGGUAUGCCUGGGCUGAAGACAAGGAGCACUGUGAGGAGUAUGGAAGGAUGCUGCAAGCUGACCCCAAUAAGGUCUCACCCAGGGCAAAAAAAAGGGGCCUUCCUCAGUUGGGGACCCUGGGAGCAGGCAACCACUAUGCAGAAAUCCAGGUUGUAGAUGAGAUUUUCAAUGAAUAUGCUGCUAAGAAAAUGGGCAUCGACCAUAAGGGGCAGGUGUGUGUGAUGAUCCACAGUGGAAGCAGAGGCUUGGGCCACCAAGUAGCCACAGAUGCACUGGUAGCUAUGGAAAAAGCCAUGAAGAGAGACAAGAUUAUAGUCAAUGACCGACAGUUGGCUUGUGCUCGGAUCGCGUCCCCAGAGGGGCAAGACUAUUUGAAGGGAAUGGCUGCAGCUGGGAACUAUGCCUGGGUUAAUCGCUCUUCUAUGACCUUCUUAACCCGUCAGGCUUUUGCUAAAGUCUUUAACACAACCCCUGACGACCUGGACCUGCAUGUGAUUUAUGAUGUUUCUCACAAUAUCGCCAAAGUGGAGCAGCACGUGGUAGAUGGCAAGGAGAGAACGCUGCUGGUGCACAGGAAGGGAUCCACCCGCGCUUUCCCUCCUCACCACCCACUCAUUGCUGUUGAUUACCAGCUCACUGGACAACCAGUGCUUAUUGGUGGCACCAUGGGAACCUGUAGUUAUGUUCUGACUGGCACUGAACAAGGCAUGACGGAGACCUUCGGAACAACCUGUCAUGGAGCGGGUCGUGCGUUGUCCCGAGCAAAAUCUCGCCGUAAUUUAGAUUUCCAAGAUGUCUUAGACAAACUGGCAGAUAUGGGAAUUGCAAUCCGUGUUGCCUCACCCAAGCUGGUUAUGGAAGAGGCUCCAGAGUCCUAUAAGAAUGUGACCGACGUUGUGAACACCUGCCAUGAUGCUGGAAUCAGCAAGAAGGCCAUUAAACUGAGACCAAUUGCUGUUAUUAAAGGGUAGAGCCAAGAGCAGCAGAACCUCUGAAGUGCCCAAAAACUGACAUCAGACUCAAGGUCCAAAGUGCACAGCUCUUGCUGUGUAUGCCAUGGUGGCCGGUGGAGAAGCUGCGGUUCCAGGAACCAAGGUUGUAAACUAGCCUUGCAGGGAACAUGUCUCCAUUUGGAGCAGGGCAAAUGUGCCUCUUCCUCCUUUGUCCUACAGGUUUUUAGGAAAAUCUACUGGGGUGUAGGGAAGGGUCAAGAAAUUGCCUUACUUGGUCAUACAAGUCUGUAAUAACCAGAGUGGACUUCUUUACACCAAGCUGUUCUAGCCCAGUAGAUAUCAUGAAAAAUGUUUAUUAAAUAUGGUUUGUGAAUGUUU